ACACUUGGCUCUCAUGAACAAGCUUGUAGAAUAAGAUGGGUCAAAAAAUUGGAGAAGCACAACACCAUCUCUAAUGGAGAAAAAAGACGCCGGAAAAGACCGAAACUCUGGCAUUCGUAUCCCUCUCCACGUGCAACUCAUCAACAACCCAUCUUCCCACUCGCCUAUUUCCCAUUCAAAACUACCACUCCAACCUACGAGAACCAAAUAUGGCAAGGGCUCCCUUCCAUUCGUGAAGAAGUCAAAAUCCCAAACAAGCACUCUGCUUUUCUGUCACGCAAAGACGUCUAACCCGCCGUUUCUGGCUCGACGUUUUCAUUGUCACGCGAAAACUCGACGACCGAAUGCCUCUCCAGGCGAUCGUCGGCCGGUUUCCUCACCAUUCGGUCUGCCUCGAAGACCGGCUCUUUCCAUUUGCAGCGAACAAGAUUUACCGUAUCGACGACUGCAAGCCGUCUCCAACAUUAUACAUGUUCAUCUUCUUCCCAACCGCACCUGCUCGCUUAUUUGGGAUUCGGCCAAGUGGGUUCGGUGCAUGGAGGAAUUAAAACUUAGUAAAACCAGCACCCUGCUUCUCCAUACUGAUAGAACUCGACGACCGCCGAUGUGGACCGUCGGAUCUUUCACAAGUUCCAUACAGCUUUAUAAACUGAUUCCAAAGAUCUGCCAAUUCAGGUAAGUCCGAGAAUCUAGCAGCAGCGAGCCAGCGAAUGUAAGUGUGGCGAUGGCUGUCGACCACAAUAUUACGCUCGGACUCCCCACAAUCAGAAAAGCCCAUGGUCCUAUUAAAAAAAAAAGUUAAAAAAAUACUCAUUUAUCAUGAC